AAAAAAAAAAAAAAAAAACCACCUAAAAGAAUGAGAGUCUGGGCUAUCAGGUUCAGGAUAGCCAUACCAGUACCAUUACUACCAGUAUCACAGUCACUAUUUCUGCUGCUGGUUCCAUUAGGUUCCACAUUCAGUCACUUUCAUACCAACCAACAAUAUGGGCAACUGUGGCACUAGAGAAGAAUCUGCUGUUGUCUCCAAUGCUCAAGUUCAACAACAGCUUCAUCAUAUGCUAUCUACUUCUUCUGUUGGAGUUAAAAAUGGUGUCUCGGAGAAAAAGCACAGCCGGUCUAUAUCAGAUCUGAGUGAUCCCUCAUCCACUCCUCGGAACUUUGAGGAUUCAAGGAAAAAUGCACUUCUUUAUACUCAUGUUAUUGCCUUCACUUUAUAUGAACUGGAGACCAUAACUAAAAGCUUUCGGUCUGAUUACAUUUUGGGCGAAGGUGGAUUUGGCACUGUUUAUAAAGGCUACAUUGAUGAGAAUGUCAGGGUUGGCCUUAAAUCUCUACCUGUUGCUGUUAAGGUUCUCAACAAGGAGGGUCUUCAAGGCCACCGUGAAUGGCUUACAGAAGUCAACUUUUUGGGGCAGCUUAGACAUCCUAAUCUGGUCAAGUUGAUUGGAUAUUGUUGCGAGGAUGAUCAUAGAUUACUUGUUUACGAGUUCAUGUUUCGAGGAAGCCUUGAAAAUCACCUCUUUCGAAAAGCAACUGUUCCAUUAUCUUGGGGCACAAGAAUGAUGAUUGCUCUUGGAGCUGCCAAAGGGCUUGCUUUCCUUCAUAAUGCUGAAAGACCAGUUAUAUAUCGGGACUUCAAAACCUCUAAUAUAUUAUUGGAUUCUGAUUAUACAGCCAAGCUAUCUGAUUUUGGGCUUGCAAAAGCUGGACCACAAGGUGAUGAGACUCACGUGUCAACUCGAGUAAUGGGCACCUAUGGUUAUGCGGCCCCUGAGUAUGUGAUGACUGGUCACCUUACUGCAAGAAGUGAUGUGUACAGCUUUGGAGUUGUGCUUCUAGAGCUACUAACCGGAAGGAAAUCUGUUGACAAGACGAGGCCCAGCAAGGAGCAGAGCUUGGUAGAUUGGGCCCGUCCAAAGUUGAAUGAUAAGAGAAAGAUGCUGCAAAUUCUUGACCCUAGAUUGGAGAGCCAGUACUCUGUAAGGGCUGCACAGAAAGCCUGCAGCUUGGCAUACUAUUGUUUAAGCCAGAACCCCAAGGCCAGGCCCUUGAUGAGUGAUGUAGUUGAAACUCUGGAACCUCUACAAUGCAGUAAUGAUGGUUCUUCUGAAGUAUCACCAUUGGCACCAACCCUAAUGGGAGGUGCUGGUGCAUUUGCAAUGGGUGGGGUUCCUGAUUAUCGCAUGCGCCGUAGAUUUUCCAACAAUGUCGGCCCUGGUUCAAGUUGCCGGUCACCUAAUCCAAAUUGCUCCCCAGGUGCUCCUGCUGCAUGCAGGGUUAGAUGAGCAAUGUCACCACUAUGUAAUUUGGUGUGCUUUUUCACCCUCCAAAAUGUCUAUGGAAUGACAAAUCCUGAUUGUUAAACCUCGAGUGCUUUUGCUUCUUGGUACUUCCUGUACAUUCUGUCAUCUUGAUCCCUCAACCAGUUGUUAAUUGUUGCUGUCUGACUUUGUGCUUGUAUUACUUUUCUAGUGAAGUUUUUUCCAGCAAUGAAAAUUGCCAUAUGAAACUA